AUGACAAGCCCUUCUAGGAGUAUAGAUGCUCAGAGAGGAACUGGAGAAAGCCCAGCUCACAAACCGGAGAUCCCCAGGUACCGCAGCUGGAGCAGCCUCCGCUUCGCCAAAUGGAGAAGCAGUUCUCAGAGGACGAGUCCUCCAGGCACCCCUUCUCCAAAGACACAGAAGAGAAGUGACGUAUCCAGGACACUCUUCUCCCUUGUCAAGACCCACAAUGACGACUACACAGCAGACCCGGACGGCACCCUGGAUGAGGAUGGAGAGCCUGAAGGAGGCCUGGAAGACCUCAAUGAGGAUCAGUCCACAUACUUUCAGAAGCAGUUCGGCUCUAUGUUACAGCCUGGAGUCAACAAGUUCUCCCUGCGCAUGUUCGGCAGCCACAAGGGGGUUGCAGCAGAGCAGGAAAGGGUCAAGAGCUUUGGAGUGUGGAUCAUCCACCCCUACAGUGAUUUCAGGUUUUACUGGGAUCUUGUGAUGCUUCUCCUGAUGAUGGGCAAUCUGGUCAUCUUGCCCUGGGGAAUCACCUUCUUUGAGGAUCAAAACACCUUGCCCUGGAUCACAUUCAAUUUCCUGUCCGACACCCUCUUCCUCAUGGAUCUGGUUUUCAACUUUAGGACGGGGAUCCCGGGAGAGGACAGCCAGAUUAUUCUGGACCCCAAAGAGAUCCGGAUGAAUUACCUCCGCACCUGGUUCCUGGUAGACUUCAUCUCCUCCAUCCCUGUUGACUACAUCUUUCUAAUUAUUGAUCUUGAGUCCCGGCAUGAAUCAUCUGAUGUGUACAGAACCGCCCGCGCUCUCCGGAUUGUACGCUUCACCAAGAUUCUCAGCCUGCUGCGUCUUCUCCGACUCUCCCGUCUCAUCCGGUACAUCCAUCAGUGGGAGGAGAUCUUCCAUAUGACCUAUGACCUGGCCAGCGCUGUGGUGCGUAUUGUCAACUUGAUUGGUAUGAUGCUGCUGUUGUGCCAUUGGGAUGGCUGCCUGACCUUCAUGGUUCCCAUGCUGCAAGACUUUCCACCAGACUGUUGGGUUUCCAGGAACGACAUGGUGAACUCCACCUGGCACAUACAGUACUCCUACGCCUUGUUUAUGGCUAUGAGUCACAUGUUAUGCAUAGGAUACGGCGCUAACCCUCCAGAGGGAAUGACGGAUGUGUGGCUUACCAUGAUCAGCAUGGUUGUUGGGGCCACCUGCUAUGCCAUGUUUCUGGGUCAUGCUACUACCCUGGUCCAAUCUUUGGACGCAUCACAUCGCCAGUAUCAGGAGAAGUAUAAGCAAGUGGAGCAGUAUAUGUCAUUUCAUAAACUGCCAGCGGAUGUGAGGCAGAGGAUUCAUGAUUACUAUGAGCAGAGAUUCCAAGGCAAGAUGUUUGACGAGGACAGCAUCCUGGGCGAACUCAGCGAUCCACUAAAGGAGGAGAUUGUCAGCUAUAACUGCCGUGGACUCGUUGCCAACAUGCCGCUCUUUGCCAACACCGACCCUCACUUUGUGACAGUGAUCCUGACUAAGCUGCGCUUUGAAGUUUUCCAGCCAGGCGACUUUAUAAUACGAGAAGGAACCCUGGGUCGCAAAAUGUAUUUCAUCCAGCAUGGCACCGUCACAAUCAUCCCGCGUGGCAGUAAGGAGAUCAAUCUCAGCGAUGGAGCAUACUUUGGGGAGAUCUGCCUCCUAACACAGGGCAGACGUACGGCCAGCGUUAAAGCCGAAACCUACUGUCGUCUUUAUUCCUUAAGCGUGGAUGACUUCAACGAGGUCCUGGAGGAGCAUCCUCUGAUGAGGAGGGCGUUUGAGAGCGUGGCUGUGGAGCGAUUGGAUCGGGUUUCACGCAGGUCCAGUUAUCAGCCUCCAACAACUGAGUGAAGAGACUUCAGUCAGAAACAUAGAGCACUUUUUGACUCCUCUUCAGAUUGAAAAAAAAAAACAGACCUAAAAGGAGCUGUGAUGGACAUCCAGAGGGAGGUGCAUAACUACCAAAAUGCUACAGCCCUUGGAUAAACCUUUUGCACCCUCAGCUUAUUAUAUUUUCUAACUUGGAUAUUGAAUUUAAACAUUAUGUUUAUUUAUGUUCCUCUGUGUUAAUACAAAAU